GUCGAUUAUUUAUAACUUUGUUACAUCCUAUUCACUAAGUGAAGUACUCUCAUUAUGAACCUAGCAUUUGUAAAGUAUGAAAACAACACAUUGAAUACACCAUUUGCACAUUUUCCUUGAAUUGUUUUUUCACAAAUUCCAUCGUUCUUUUACCCCUAUUGCCACUUCGACUAAUUUUUUUAUUAUCAUUUUUUUCUUCUAUCAGUGAGAAUCUUACUUCCAAUUCUUGAUACAUUCUACUUAUAACUAUCAUUGUAAGUAGCACACACCACACUUCUAUUAAAUUGAAAUCAUGGUUUAAACAGUCUUUUAGAGAUAUCCGAUCUACAGUUAUGAACCGAUUCUUAAUACACAGUAGAUUUUUAGAAGUCCAUAUUUUCUUGUUUUAGUUUUAUAAUUUACUUCAUCUGCAAACUUUAUAAUUCAUUAUUUCGAUAAAAGUGUACCUCAUUUUGUUUUCUAUUUGCGAAAAAUCAUCAGUCACAAUAAAUUUGAGCUGUCUUCAUAUUUAGAUGAUCAGCAUCCCAGAAGUGGUUGAAAAGAAACAUAUUAACAGUGUUUUGAAGCCAGAUUUCUCGACUCUGCAUCCAUGUCAUUGGAUUUCACAAAAGAAUUAUCCUUACCCACAAAAGGACAAUAACAUGUUUUUGAACGCAGAAGAAGAUGGCAAAUAUUCAUUUUGUUCUGUUUUGUGCGAUAUAUACUGGCCUAAUAACCAGCCAAUGUAUGCCUACCCAAGAUUUGUUGCUCAAAGGCUUAUCAAAGAGCUGGAAGAUAAAUAUAAUCUACGGUUAUAUUCAGCUUUUGAACCGGAGUUUAGAGCUUUUGUAAAGGGAAGUUAUGAAACAUCGUGUUUAGAACCAAAGUCGAAUGAUGUUACCCAAUUUAUUGACCUUAAAAAGCCAAUCCCUUGGACAAAUUUUAGAGACAUGUACAGAACAAGUUUACUGUCCGUUUAUGAAAACUAUUUUGCGGAUAUUGAUUACAAUAUGCAGCUAGCAGGGAUCGAUAUACAAGAUUACAGUAAUGAAGAUGGCGAAGGACAGUUGGAAUGUCCGCUAAUACCAACAUGGGGGUUGUCCGCUGCAGAUAAUUAUUUUAUAUUGAAGCAGGCUGUAAAAGAAAUUGGAACCAAACACGGGAUGGAAAUUUCGUUUAUGACUACACCAUUACUGGAUUCCAGCUCUAGUGGGUGUCAUUACAAUCACUCUCUGUGGUACGCUGAUAAUAAUCGUAAUGCAUUUUACGAUGAUAAAGAUCCUGAUCGAUUAUCUACCCUAGCUCGUCACUGGAUUGGAGGCAUCUUGGAACAUUUACCAGCUAUGUUAGCUAUUUCUUGUCCAACAGUAAACUGCUAUAGAAGAUUGCAUAAACAUCUUGCUCCGUCCUGUGUGAAUUGGGAUUUUCAUGAUAGGUAUAUAUCGAUUCGUGUAAAAAACUUUAAUGAGAAACAGACAUACAUAGAAAAUCGUAUACCAUCGUCCGCAUCUUGUUCUUACCAUGUGCUUGCUGCCACAAUAGCAGCUGGACUAGAUGGCUUGGAACGUCAGAUACACCCUCCACCUUCAGGUUUGAAACUAGCAAAUGAUCAAACCGGUGUCUGUAAAGUACUUCCCAAUACAAUUCAACAGGCUCUACAUAGUCUUAUGGAUGACAAAAUACUUGUGAACAAGUUGGGAGCAGAUUUUGUCGAUUGGUAUGUUCAAGUAAAGAAGAAUGGAGACUUGUCAUCUCUUGGUCAUUUAAAUAUACAUGAUAAUACUGAAGAAACACUGGCUUAUGAAAGAUAUGAAUAUUUCAAUUUUAUGUGA